AUGAUUUCUCGUCCCUGCAACAUCUUGUGCUUUGGCGACUCCCUCACCAGCGGGUACUGCGACUGGGGGUACACUUCCCACCCCUACUCCAUCCGUCUACAAGACCGCAUAGCCCAGGAGUUGCCGCCGGGCACACGCUUCGAGGUCUUCACCAACGGAGAGCCGGGAGAAUGUGUCGGUGCCGAUUCGUUCAGGUCCAGGCUGGAAGUGGAAUUAGAGAAAAGGAGUUACGACUGGGUGAUCAUGCUCGGUGGGACAAAUGAUCUCGGUUCGUUCGAGUUGCCAGAGGACAUCUUUCAGGCUCUGCACGACCAGUGGCACCGCAUCCUUCGAAAAGGAUGCAAGCUCCUGGCCUUGACGAUUCCUGAGUGCGGCACCCGGCACGAACGGCUGGAUCGCGCAAGGAGGAUUGUCAACGACCAUAUCAUGAGCUACCAGGCUGAGAACUAUCACGCCUUUGAUUUACGAUCACAUAUACCGUACCACUCUCUCACCGAAGACGAGCAGGACACGCUGUGGGAUGAUGGUCUACAUUUGACGGUGGGUGGGUACAACUGGAUGGGCGCACAUAUCGCCGAUGCGUUCAUCCCCUUGCUCAAGCAGGACCUGCAGAAAGCGACGAGCAAGGAUCGCUACUCGUCAAGCAAGCCGUCAUCAGCAGCGAGUAGGUCGACCAAGUAUGAGGACGACAAGCGGGUCUUUGAAGAGAGGGCGAGGGCUCCGACAAACGAGACAUCAAGGCAGGUCAUGUCGUCGUGA